GUGCGUGCGUGGCUACCCGCACUCGAAUUGGCGGAGCGCGCCGAGGGCGGGGCCACGCAUGCACCUAGACGGCGGGGCGGGGUGUGUCGAUGUCCAACAUGUCGGCUGCGCGGUUCCGGAGCUGAAGCGGAUCAGCCGGGAAGAGGCGAUGCGUCUGGGGCCAAGCUGGAGCCACUCGUGCCACGCCAUGCUGUACGCCGCCAACCCCGGGCAGCUCUUCAGGCGCAUCCCCUUGCGCUUCUCGCUGCUGAUGCAGAUACGCUUCGACGGGCUGCUGGGCUUCCCCGGGGGCUUCGUGGACUGGCGCUUCUGGUCGCUGGAGGACGGACUGAACCGGCUGGGCCUGGGCCGCCUGCGUCUCACCGAGGCCGACUAUCUGAGCUCACACCUGACAGAGGGCCCGCACCGCGAAGUGGCGCAUCUGUACGCUCAGCAGCUGACGCUGGAGCAACUGCAUGCGGUGGAGAUCAGCGCGGUGCACUCGUGGGACCACGGCUUGGAGGUGCCGGGCCUUGUUCGUGUUCCUCUCUACACCCAAAAGGAUCGAGUCGGAGGCUUUCCCAACUUCCUGAGCAACGCGUUUGUCAGCACCGCCAAGUGCCACCUCCUGUUUGCCCUCAUGGUGCUCAAUAUAAUGCCCUAGGAGAAGCUGGGUGAGGCAUUGGCCUCAGCCACAGAAAAGCAGAAGGUGGCCCUGGAGAAGAUGCGCCCUCCUUCCUCCUGAGGUGAUCUCUGUGGAAGCUGGCUGCCACCCUCCCCUACCUGGCUCUGUGCUCAGGGCCCCUGGAAUUCCCAGGGAGUAUCUGCACCCCUUUGGUGAGUGCAUGGCAUGAGUGGGCAGCUGCUUAUCUCCACUGUCCGAAGCAAUCCCUGGGACCCAGCUCCCAUCUCAGGUUUCUAGUGGGUGGCCUGGGCCUACUUUUUCAGGCUCAGACCUGCCCCUUGGAGCUUCAUUGUGGCCUAGUGGGGCCCCCAGCUCGCAGCACAGCUCUGGGGCCAUUCAGGAAAGUUAGUUCUGGCGGAGGUGGCCUUUGUCCUGGUGGACUUGUUCCUGCCUCCUUUUCCGAGUCAGCCCCAGGGCCUGGAGGAGAGCCAGUUUUGGGUAGAGUAUUGUACCGUUAAUUCUGGUUUUCACUGGAUUCAGUGCUUUUAACUUUUCUUUUUCAUGGUGUGAACUUUGGUGGGGCUUUAAAGUGGCUUCACUCUCCGUGGCUUGGUUGCUGACUGUGUGUGUGUGUGCGUGCGUGUGUGUUGAAAGUCAAUAAAGUUGCUCCUCUUCUGCUAGGUGUUCACUUCUGGACCGAGGCCCAGCACUAGCUUUAGGAGAUGCCUCUCCAGCCCUCUUACCUUAGAGCUCAUGCUUCUCUUUUUUUUUUUUUUUUUUUUGGCUCAUGCUUCUCUUGAAUGUGGAGACCAGGUCCAGUGGGGGCUGAGUCCCCAGGCAUCUGUCCCCUUUGUCUUCCAGUGCUCUGCCAGCCACCAGCCUAGCUUGUCCUGAGCAUCAGGCUCCCUUUCCUGAUCUGGUGGCUCCAGCUGUACUGGGGGGAGCCUGCCUCUAUUCUCAGCAGUAGUCUUUGGGUGGCUCCUGGGCAUGGUCUAGAAGCACAGUUUUAAAGAGUGCAGAGGGACAACAGCAGAGCCGCUGUGGGAUAGGAAGUCCACCACUGAAAUCCACCUCUGGAAAGACUUCCAGUUACAUGGUUGGAAAACUAUAUUGUAAGGAAGGUGGUAUUGCCAGCUUCCACCUGACAGCUCAGGCAGAGGGCCAGGGCAGGAGGUGGUGCUGUGUGGGCCAAGCAACCAGGCUAUCCACCCAACACCCUUUGUCACUGAGCUAGGGUCUUGGCACGGCUUUCCCCUUCCUAUGGCCUGCUGGCAUGUUGUGCCACACAUCAUAGGGCCAGAAUUGCUGAUGUUAAAUUUUAUUUUCUAAAACAAAUGGCACAUUU